AUGCCAGGAUACUCAGAGUUUUACUUCAAUGUGGACCAUGGAUACCUGGAGGGUCUGGUCCGAGGAUUCAAAGCUGGGAUCUUGACAAGUUCGGAUUAUGUCAAUUUAGCACAGUGUGAGACACUAGAAGAUCUGAAGCUACACCUACAGACUACAGACUAUGGCAACUUCUUGGCUAAUGAAACUGGCCCUCUCACUAUUUCCACCAUUGAUGACAAACUGAAAGCAAAGCUACUCACAGAAUUUCAUUACUUUAGAAACCAUGCCUUUGAACCACUUGCCACCUUUCUCAAUUUUAUCACAUACAGCUAUAUGAUUGACAACGUCAUUCUGUUAAUAACUGGCACAUUACACCAGCGGCCCAUAGCUGAACUUGUUCCCAAGUGCCAUCCACUGGGGAGCUUUGAGCAAAUGGAAGCAGUCAGCAUUGCCUCAAACCCCACUGAACUGUUCAAUGCAAUUCUGGUUGACACACCACUAGCUGCUUUCUUUCAAGACUGCUUGUCUGAAAAUGACCUGGAUGAAAUGAACAUAGAAAUAAUGCGCAACAAACUGUACAAGUCUUAUCUUGAGGCAUUUUAUAAGUUUUGUGAAAAACAAGGUGGUACUACAGCAGAAAUAAUGAGACCUAUUCUUGAGUUUGAGGCAGACAGACGUGCCUUUAUCAUCACCAUUAAUUCAUUUGGUACUGAGCUGAGUAAAGAUGACAGGGAGAAGCUGUAUCCAACCUGUGGAAAACUGUAUCCAGAAGGCUUACACCUGCUGGCCAAUGCAGAUGACUACGAGCAAGUGAAGUGUGUUGCAGAUUACUAUGCAGAAUACAAGGCUGUGUUUGAAGGAGUAGGGAGUGGCACUGGAGAAAAGACACUGGAAGAUGCAUUUUUUGAGCAUGAGGUAAAGCUGAACAUGCUUGCAUUCAACAACCAGUUUCAUUUUGGGGUAUUUUAUGCCUAUGUAAAAUUAAAGGAACAAGAAUGCAGAAAUAUUGUAUGGAUUGCUGAAUGUAUUUCUCAGAGACACAGAACCAAAAUUAACAACUACAUUCCGAUUUUCUAGAGCUGCAAAUGUAUUAUUCUACAAUGCCUGAAGGGAUGCAUUAUGGCACAGAAAAGAAGAAAGAUCUUAUUUCAAAAGUAAAUUCUUUCUAGUUGAUUUGAGUUGUAUUAAUAAUCUUCCUAAUACACAGCAGUGUAAGAAAAAGUAAUGCAAUUAGAGAUAAAAAAAUGCCUGAGGAAAUAUUAAUCAGCUUGUUCAUAAAAGGUAUUGGUAGAUUUGUUUUCCAUUGUGCCCAUUUUAAUUGAAGUGAUUGAUAAAAUCUCCCUGAAAGGUCUUACAUGCAUAUUCUUUCUUAUUUGUGGAAGUAACCUUUAUAUGAAUGGUGUCUGAAAAGCAAUUUAAUGGCUUAAUUCUGAAUGCUUUUCUCAAAGGGCCAGCUAAAUCAUCACUUCCAUUUUACACUUCAUGCCUUCUUCAUGGCAUAGAAGACUAUAUCAAGGAGUUAAUAUACGAAUAAGACAGAAAGCUCAGGGUUACUCUGAGUUUCCCCUUGAGGAAUCUCAAGAGAGAUCUCUGAACCUUUCUAACUGUUGACAGCUCUCUGCAGUUAGUUGUAAACAACUAACUUCAUCUUAACGAAAAUAGCUUCACUUACACCUUUUUGACCACAUGAGGAGCACUGUGUCAAACAAUGGGUGUCUGAUCUACUCCACAGCAAUACAAAUACCUCCUCCCAGCACACCACAGAGACUGUCUUCAUGUAUGCACUAGGGAAGAUUAUGAAACAUGAAUGAAAAUACCAGCCAAGUCUGUAUCAGUUUUACGUCAGACACAAACAACACCAGCUCUGAGCUAUUUGAGGACCUGGCUAAGAUUGCUAACUAAAAAUAGAGGGAAGAGUUGAAGCCAGAUUGUAGCAAGACAAGAUUAAUUCUGCUGAAGAAAAAGGAAGGAUUUUGAAAGCCAUAUCAACAUUCUACCUUCCUAGUCCAUUCAAAAAAUAUGCCCUUUUAUCUCUGAAACAGGUCAUACCUCAUUUUUCAGGCUGCACAACAGCAAAUUUCAAUUUUCAGCUGACUGUGUCUCCAGUAAUAUGACACAGAAAUAAAAUCCAUUUCUUGCCAAGUAGAGAGAAAAACAAAAUGUAUCUGAUGUCAACCCCUCAGAAUUAUGGAAAACAUUCAGGCAUCAACGUUUUAAGAAAUGAGAUGUAAUAUAUCCAUGUGCAUAUGCAUCACUCACGAAAAAUGGAAAACUUUACCAUUUUUACAGUUAAAGAAACACUUAUCAAAACCUAAGUGUAACCAAAGGGUUAUAGAGGAGGACAGCCAAUCCUGAUCUCACAGGGAACUGAGAAGAUAUUUAAUGAUUUACUGUGAAUCACUGAGAACUUUACACUAUUACUUUAGAAAUAUUCCCAAAGAGUUUCCUUUAGAAAUAAUUCAGCAGGAGUUUAGGAAAACUGACUUCAAAGAAAUACAUAUAAAAGAGUAAUGCAAAUCUUAUUUCUUUAUUGAGGCUUCAUUGUUUAGUAGAUGUAGUAAGAAAAGAAAUAAAAGAAACUGUAGGAUUUGUGGAUUGCAAUUUCAUUUUGGCAUGCACAGUUGCUUCCUUGUUCUGCUUUUAUUAUCUUCCACUUGUUUUUCUCAGUCUAACCUGUAACCAAAACUUUACAGUUCACGCCUAUAUCACAAACUGUAUUGUAAAUGAUCACAAAUUAUGUCACAAACUAUUUCACAAACUGCAAGGAGGAAAAGAAAUAAGGCUACAUUCUCUCA